UCACUGGCUAAUUCACUAUGUCUGUGGCAAUAAAAUAGACAAAAUCUGUGAUCAAAAAUUCAAACAAAACAUUUUUAUUUCAGAUUCAGGCGUGUACAACAAGCAAAGCACCACUUUGGUCGGUCGGUUUUUAGUCCAGAUUCACUGUUCAGACAGCAGUCCUCGCUUCGUCACACUGUUUAGUGCAAGUGCCAGACGAAUGCUGCAGAAUGCCCUAUUCUGCGGAGAAUCGAGACGGGCGGGGCAAAAGCGCGAGCGGGACAUUUUUGGGAAGGACGCCUGAAAGUUGGGCCAAAAUAUUAAUAUUCUACACAAUCUUCUAUGCAACAUUGGUGUCACUAUUUGCUAUAUGUAUGGUGACAUUCCUGCAGCAGUUUAUAAAUCCCCGUGUACCAAGACUCCAGCAGGAGUAUAGUGUGAUUGGUACGAGUCCUGGUCUCGGAUUCCGACCACUGCCAGAAGAUGUUCGUAGCACUCUCAUUUACUAUAAAGGAACUGGUUAUGAUAGCUACAGUUAUUGGGAGAAACAGCUUAUUGAAUUCCUUUCAGUAUACAAGAUGAAGGGUCAGACGGCAGGCGCUGGUGCGAAUAUCUUCGACUGCGACUUCAACAAGUUACCGCCGCACGGCAAAGUGUGCGACGUGGACGUGCGCGACUGGGCGCCUUGUACAGAAGAGAACCACUUCUCCUUCCACAAGUCGUCGCCCUGCAUAUUCCUCAAGCUCAACAGGAUAUACGGCUGGCGGCCGGAGUUCUACAAUGACACAGGCCACCUGCCGCCGGACAUGCCGCGCGAACUGCGAACGCAGAUCUGGAACAUCACCAACUACAACCGGAACUAUGCUAACAUGGUGUGGGUCUCGUGUCACGGGGAGACUCCUGCGGACCGGGAGAACAUCGGGCCGGUGCGGUACCUGCCGUACCCGGGCUUCCCGGGGUACUUCUACCCCUAUGAGAACGCGGAGGGAUAUCUCAGCCCGUUGGUCGCGGUGCACUUUCAGAAACCUAAGACUGGCAUAGUGAUAAACGUUGAAUGUCGCGCUUGGGCAAGGAACAUCGUGUACAACAGAAAGGAAAGACUUGGAGUCGUCCACUUCGAGCUAAUGGUCGAAUAGACGCUGAAAGUAUGUAUGUAUAGGGUCUAAACAAGUUCGGUCUUUCGAGUAGACCGACAAAAGACCAACACUAUACGUAGAUUUAUAAUGUUGUAACGUUGAUAUUAAAAUACCACCUGAAAUUAUCAAUUAAGACUUUGUUGCAGCUAGGUCUUUCGAAUAGACCGAGAGAAGACCACUUUUUUUAAGUAGAUUUGUAGUUUUUAAGCUUUGAUAUUGAAAUACCGUCCGUUAAUGUUUAUAUGUAUGAGAUUUUGAUCGAGAAGAACUGUCGCUAUAUUUUAAUAUGUUCUAGUUAGAUACAGUUAUAAAACAAAAAAAAUCUCAAUCGAAUAUGUACCUUAGUCAAAAUACUUUAAGGUAGUAAAAUCAGUUGGGAAAUUUUUCAUACUUCCGCAUGACAUGAUGUGAAGCCGUUGUUUAUUGUAUGCACGUAAAAAAUAUGUAUACAAAUUCAUCGUAAUACUGUGCCUUAUUCCAAAGGAAAUAAGAAUCUCGUGCUUAAAUAAUAUAGGGAAACUGAUGCCGUCCUCAAUGCAGUUAAUUUUUCUUUUAUAAAAGACUUAAUACAUUAGAUAAGUGCCAACGCGUGGUCUACCGAAAAGACCAAAGCUUUAUUAGUGAACAUAUCUAAUGUUUAAACUUAGAUUAAAACAAAAAGUGAAGAUGCGGUACGCUCAUACUAGCAUUAUAUAAAACUAGCAAACCAGUGAAUCAAAUGUUCACCAAAACCUGAUUUAAAAAAAAAAUGUAUUUAAUUAAUUGAGAACUUCGGAGAUUUUGUGUGGUUUCGUUUGAAAUUCGUGAUUUCUCGAAAACCGAAAGUGCUACGUUACUCAAAUCCGGUUUGUAGUCUUAUCAGACUAUUCUUAACUUAUAACUUAAAUAUUCUCUUUAUCUAUCUCUUACGGUUUGGCCGCUGAAACAGCACCACAGACAGACGGACGGACGGACUUGUCUAAUAGAUAAGAGAUGCUCCGAGUCAACUACAUAAGCAACUCUCACACACGCACACUUCCGUAAAUAAACAUUCAAUCGAACGAGCGAGACAGAACUAUACGCUUCAACGCAGCGCGAACGAGACAGCAAUUCCGCGUCGCUUGGCAACCGACUGUGUUUUCUUUUCUCUCUCUACAAAUGGCUGAACUGUAUUGUUGUGCUUUUCUUGAUAAGAAAUGGCGAAUAAGGUCUUUUUGGCUGGAUCGGGAAGCGUCACUUUAGCGAUUUUGUUUUUCUUGUUAAAAAUUGAGUUGUGGCGGAUGUUUGUGUCUAAUAAUGGUGGAUUUUUAACCAUUAAGUGUUCGGGAACAUGCACAAGUGUUGGCAAGUGAAACAAAAUAGCGGAAAGUGUCUUUCGACGUUUCCUCAAGAAGUCCACGGGGAGGUUCCAGUUAAAUCCCCACACUUUUACUGAAACAUAGGGAAAGGGGGAUUGACUUGACUGCCACUUACUUUGACUUAAUUUAUUACUUUGACCACGAGUGCUAUAGUAUUUGUAAACAUUUUUACACUUAACAUUGGCUUAAUACACAAGCCGUGCGAAGCUACAUAGAAAAAAAAUGGCGAAUAAGUAAAUAAUAUUCAUGACAAUCCGUGAUUUUUAAGAAAAAGCAAAUGUUAUUAUAGUUUUACGAAUGAAAAGUGUUGCCGUGGCAUUUGUUAUUUGAUUUUGAACUAUUUGUGUUCUUUUUAAAGCAUCGAAGACAUUGUUUUAUCCUUAUAACACAGAAUAUACGCAAUAUUGUUAUAUUGAGUGCACAUGCAGCGUGUUUGAAUGUCCAGUUGUGAUUGAAGCGAAUUGUUGUCAUGCACCACAAUUUAAGCGGUACACUUUUGAGCCGCGAGUGCCGUAUCUUCCCUUUUUGUUUUAAUCUAAGUGUGUAAAUAAUUUAUAGCAUUAAAUUAAAUCAAGCUUUUAAGUAGACCGUAACGGAAUCUCUGAACGAAUCUUAGUAUUAUUAAUAAUUGCAUUUUUUCUUUGAUAAUAACACAAUAAGUCUGUAAAUUUUCUUACUUGUCAUGUUUAGUGAACAAUCUUUACACUACGUUUUAUAUCAAUAAACAAAGAAAAUAAAACAUACCACAUGCAGAUUUGUACUUUUUGAAUAUUAGAAAAUACUUGAAAUAAAUGCGGUUUAAAAUUAUUCGAAUAAUCAUUUUGAUAUUAAGAUAUAUGAAAAUUGUUUAUUGAAUAGUACAUAUGAGAAAAAACAGUGUAGUUAUAAAAAAAUAAAUGAAAAAAUACGCUGACUUUAUAAUUUAAUGUCUAGUUUUCAAAACAACACUUUUUUCUUGAUUUAGUGUCUAACUUGGGAGAUAAGAGCGAUUUUAUAUUGUAAAAUCGUCACAUAAAGGCUUAUCGAGAGUAAAGCACUCCCACACGCUUACGCGUUUUGAGGCGUGCAAUAGGCUAGUUGACCCUUUUUGGAAAAAGGUUUUAAUUGGUUAAAAAAUGUUCUAUUAGACCAUGUAUGAAACAUGUAUUGUACUUUUUUGAGACCUAGAAAGCUACAAAUCUUUAAUUUUAAAAUAGACUUUUUAUGGACAUACAAAAACGCUGUCGGCCAUUUUAGUCUAUAGGUUAUCUAUGCUAUGACGUCAACCGGUAGUAAACAAAAACUCGUAAGUACGUAGAAAAUAACAUCUGAGUUUAUGAUAAUAAAAACUUGAUUUUUAAUAAAUACCACGAGAAAUAUAGUAAUUAUCAUUAUUGUACUGUACGAGAAUGUAAAAACACAUCCUUGAAGACUCCUCGAAAGUUGUGGAUUAAAGUGCCGAAAGAAAUUAACCUACGCAAUACCUGGUUAGAACUUGCUAAAAGGGAUCCUGCAACUUUAUCGACUCAUAGUAAAAUUUAUUUUUGCGAAGAUCACUUUGAUGUAAGUGCUCAUUGAACAAUAUUUUAAGCCUCUUCAUUUAUUAUCAGUUUUAAUAAUACAAGUUUUAAGGUUAUGUAUGAAUGACAUUUAGUUGUUUACUACCAAAGAGACGUCACAAUCAUGGCAGAUGUGGCGAACAGCGUUUUUAGUGUUUAAAAAGUAUAAACUAAAAAAUAUUUUUUAAAAUUAAAUUUCUACAGCAAUCUUCUGCUUUUAUGAAGUGAAACGAUAUGUUUAGGUUCCUUAGACCAAAUACUUUAAGAAAUAAACAUUUUUCUAUAUUAUUACAUACAUUUGGAACAUUUUACUUUAUAUUUAGUAUAUGAAACGACACAACUGGUAUUUAUGUUAUUAUUCUCUCUAUAUUUCUCAAUUUUUACAAUAUACGCGUUUUAGUGUCUGUUAAGGUAGUGAUUUUGUCUUAAUUAUAUGAUAACAAUUAUUUUUUUAUGAUGUUUUUUUAUUUUAUAUCUUGAAGUGGGUAAGAAAUAAUAAACUUAUGGCUAUUUUGUAUGAUUUAUUUUUAUGUGAAAUUUAUUAUUGUGUUUUUAAUAUCAAACUUGGUGAGAAUAAGUAAUGAAUGAUUUUAUUGAAAAGGCAGGACAUUGAUUACUGAUUUAUUUAUUACAUACUAUAAUAUUGGAUCCAAUAUACAUAUAUUUUGUCCAAAUUUCCCGAUUUGCGGGGAGAAAUGUUAAUGUGAGGAAAGCGCAUGCGUGCAUAGUCUUAUCGAAUUCAAAAAUAUUCCUGUAAGAGGCAAAUGCUCAUCAAAACAAAAUAUAGAAUCUCAAAUGCAAAAUCUUUCUCUUUUAUCAAGUUUUUUGUAUAAUUUACUAAUAUUUUGUAUUUUUAAUAAGUAUUAUUUGAUUGAAAUUAUUGCGGUAUAAAAAAAUAAAUAAAUAAUAAUAGUAUUCUACCUGCAUGCCAAAUUUCAGCCCGAUCCGUCCAAUGGUUUGGGCUGUGCGUUGAUAGAUCACUAUGUUAGUCAGUCACCUUUGAGUUUUAUAUAUAUAUAUAGAUGACAAGGAUACACUGUUCUCAAAUUUCAGUUUAGGUUCAAAGAAUCAUACCAGAAUCGAUACCAAUUUUUUAUUUGCAAAUGAAUGAACCCCAAGUCGUUACGUUAGCUUUUUUUUAACAAUGUAACUAUUUAUUUGAAGCAUUUAUGAAAAUUAUGUCAAUGUUAAAUUAAUAUAGUUGUAGGUUUACUGCUGUAAGUACUAAACAUAAUAGGGUAUUUGACAUUAUUAAAAAUUAAGUGCCAAUUGUUAGCAUUUGUGUUAAGAAUGAAUAUUGGCAUGAGUUUUUACUAAUUUUACAAAAAAAAAAAAUUUACUAAAAACCCACGAAAAAGAUAAUAGUUUUCUUAUCUAUUGUCACGUGACCCAAAAUGCUUGGGAUUGGCGGAGCCUAAAAUGACGUCACACGCAAGUAAACUUUCGGUUAAAGUGACAUUGUAUCGUUGACGUUUUAAUAACAGUCGUGUGACGUCACACACUAGUAAGACGCCAUAUUGUCCAGAAAAACGUUUUCGCGGCAAUUCGAAAAUGGAGUUUUUGAUUUGAUUAUUUUUACUGAAAUACACAACAGAAUGAUGAAUAUCCAUUUUUUAUGGACUCCAUAAACAUUAGUCAAUAACGUCGAGAUCGUUUUCUAAAACUUGUCAAAUACCCUAUUCUGUGUUUUAUUAUAAUAUGGAAAAUGUAAUUAUAAUGAUAUUCCUACCGAAUGUAUGGUGUAACGAGUGCCUACAUGAUUGUAACAACUCCGUCCAAUGUAUGGAUCUGUGUAAUGUAUAAUUUUAAUCGUAUGGAAGCGUGCCUUAAAAUGUGGAAAAUAAAAG